UGAUGACCCUCCACCUGACAGGAGCAGUCCACGACGUGAGUCCCGUAGGCGAGGUAGUAGGAGGAACACGGCGUCCCUGCCUCGUGACAGUGGCCACAGCAGCGACGCCCGCCCACCCUGGGGCCAUAACCACAGUGACAGACCCUACAGGAAGCAGUCAGAGAAGGAUCCGUACUCCAGCAGGAGGCUCAGGCGGCGGGCUGCCAGAUCACUGAGUCGGUGUGAGCGGGACACGGGCACCGAGGAGAGUGAUCAGCCACAACCCCAACGUCGACGCCGCAAGACCUGGGAUAAGUCCCGCCAGGAGUCUCUGUCAUCUGAUAUCUCAAGGUCACCAUCGCCCCGAGACAGAAGACGCAGCAGCCGGACCUCCGCCACCUCCAGGCAGUGGCCAACCAUCAAACCUUCCCUCACGCCGGCACUCCACUACCCUUACACGCCCGAACCUGCCCCCAAGCCACCACCCUCCCCUCCCUUACCCACCCACAAGAGCAUGCAGGGGGAGGAGGAACCAGACGACGAUGAUGACGACGUGCAGGUGGUGACCACGCCCACAGUGUACACCCCAGCCCCAGCACGAUCCUCCUCCCCACCUGUGCCCGCCCUCAUGCGGAAACUCACAGGUGAGUCAACUUUCGACGUGCCGGAGUUCGCCCCAGACACCAGUGUCCCGGCGCCUCGCACCAACAGCCCGCCCAUCCCCACCGUCCUUAAGCGCCUCCAGAGUGCUGACUCCACGCCCAUGCUUCCGGAGCUCCCCAACCCUCCCUCACGCCCUCUCUCAAGACCACCCUCUCCCAGGAGUCUAUCUGCAGCCAACUGUCUGGGCUCCGGCAGCCGUCCCGGCAGUCGUCCCGGCAGCUCAGGUUCUCAGCCGGCCCUACAAGGACGAAUAGUAGCAGAUUUGUCCUUGGAUGGUAGAAGCAGCAGCCAGCCUCCGUCACCCUGCUCCCGGCCACCCACACCUCGCCGCCUGCCGCCCAUGACACCUUCGAGGAGUGAGGAGCUGGUGACGUCACCUCGAUCCGCCUCAGAGUUACGCUCCACCUCCCCGCCUGUGCCGGCCCUGGCCAAGCGGCUGUCAGCUACCUCUAGGCCUGGCCAGCCGCCCCAGGCAACUUGUCUUGAGCGGCAGUUGACGCCUGUGGAGACACCAGAAUCACCCAGGGCACCAUCCGCCUCCUCUCCCACCGCCUCCCCGCCCUCUGCUGUCACCUCCGGUGUGUCCUCCCGGCCGGGGAGCGCCACCUCCGGGCAAGACGAGGACGUACGUACCGUCAGUGUCACCUCCUCCGGCUACGAGUCUGGCAGGAGGUCCUCAGGGGAGCCCAGAUCCCUCUCCGAGCCUCUCGUCUCCCCCGACAAAUGGGUCAUCCUCAAGAGCCUCUCCUCCCUCCGUCAGAACUUGUGGCGGCGACACCAGGAGCUGACCCAUCAUCCAGACUCUGAUGGGUCUUGCUGACAAUUAGCGGCCGCCCCGGCGACACCCCAAGUCCUCCCUACCCCACUCCCAACUCCUGAAGAAAGUGGUGGCCCUGAUGGUCCCACCUCCGCCCAGCCCCUCCCGCGCAUUCCGCCCUUCUACGCCCGGUCCCAAUUCCUCCCCCUCGUACUCCCCUCCUUCCCCCCUCCCAUCACCUCUGACUCGCCCUCAUCAGCACGGGAGUACGCUUACCCUGUCCCACCACAUCUUCCUUCAAAAGAACCUUCAUCGUCUUACUCCUCGCCUCCCCAGAGUCCUUCCUCUGAAGAGUGUCCUUCUCAAAACUCUUCCUCAAACCUUUUGCCUCUCCAGAGUCCUUCUCAUGAAGAGUGUCCUUCUUCCCAAGAGUCUACCACUGAACAUUCACCUCAUCAAAGCCAGUUUACUGAAGAGUGUCCUUCCUCUUCUCGGCAAACUCCCUCUCCACAGAACUGUUCUUCCUCCCAACACUCUACUCCCCGCCAGAGCCACUCUUCUACAGACAACUAUUCUCAAGUAUCAGCUAACCAGAGUCCUUUCCCUGACGAUUACUCUUCUUCCCAAAAUUCAUCUCCCUCUCUUUCUCCUUGCCAUAGUCCUCCUCCUGAGGAUUGUCUCUCCAAACAUUCGUCUCCUCAAGUCUCUCAUUGCCAAACACUUUCAGAUGAAUGUCCUUCUGAGCAUUUUAAUUCUCGCCAAAGACUGUUCCCAGAAGACCGUGUUUCUCCUCAACACUCUCCCGCCAAAGGUUCCUCUCCACAGGACUCUCCAUCUCUUCAACACUCUUCACAACAACUUUAUCCAGGACAGUCUUCCUCCUCCCAACACUCCUCUCCCCAGUUGUCUCCUCGUCAGAUUCCUUCUCCAGACGUUUGUGCGUCCGAUUUCCGCUCUUCUCGACACACAUCAUUUUCCCAUCACCUCACUCUUCAGGUCUCUCCGAGUCAGCUUGCUUACCCUAGGCUUUCCUCUCCUCACAUUCCUCCCUUGUAUCUGGAGACUCCUCAGCACGAUUCAUUUUUGGCUACUUCCUGCGCUCCUACUCCUGUUGAACCUUGCAGCCCUGUCCCACCCGCCACCUGACCCUCCAUUCCAUACCACUGAACUUCCCCAAAGCUCCACCACUUAAGCCAUCCUUUCCAUCCCGCCCCCCUCCCCUCUCGUCUCCUACCCAACAAGUAUCGCCCUCUUCCCUCACCCGGCAACAACAGCCGAGACAGACAAGGUCAAGAAUUCAUUCAGAUGAUAGUCUCCGGAGCGGCCAGCCACAGAUUGAGUUCGGUCAGAUCGUCCUUUCGGUCGUCUGAGAGAACACGAACUCGAGACUGAGCACGACAACCCACGACAAUACUGAUGACUUUGAUGCUUCCAAUAUGUUUUAUAUAUAUAUAUAUAUAUAUGAGAGAAGCCUCUAGUGCUUCAGGAGCACUACAGUUGUUAUGUGUUGUCAUAGAGCAAGACAAUAAGAUAAUGUGUCGAUAAUAACACUAUACAGUAAUGUUGUAAUGUUGGUGCUCUAAGAGUACUGUAUCAAAUAUCAGUGAGUCGACUAUAAUGUGUAAUUUGAGUAUAUAUGUAUAUAUUUGUACAUACCCCAUUACCUAUAGUGCCACGCAUACAGAAGGCCAAAUUAGGUAAGAUUUCUCAUUUUAUUCUCCAACGACAUUCGACACACGACAGUGGUGUAUGUGUGUGUGUGUAUGUGUGUCAGGUGGUGUGUGGGGGUACCAGAGGAGCGCCCUGGAGCACCCAGCGUGUAGUAAUAGUAGUACUAUACACUACCGCCAGGGUCGCUGCUGCUCUCAUAGCUUAUCUUGCCAGGAUUUCCAGAACUUCGCUUAAUGACACCUUCCUUUUAUGGUUAGCAGUAAUGAUCUAGUACAGUACAGUACAGUAAGUGUGGAAGAAGCUCUUGGUAUUAGAGUGCAGAUGCCGGAAUUUCUUCUACUUCGCGAUGUUCUGAAGUCUGAUGUCUCUGCCACCUCUCAUGCUCACCAGCUCCGGGUAUUGUUAUCAGGUGUAACGCCUCGCCUCUUUGUUAGUUGCCAUCAAUAGUUCACUUGUAAAUUAAUAUUUACCAAAUGUCUUGAGGCUUAUUUUCAUACAUAUGAAGAAACGCAACACAUGGAUUUGUAAGACCAUCAUAUUAUCUCUAUCAACAUGAUAAUAUUUAGGAAAUUAUUCUUUUUUACAUAUAGCUCAUCUUCCCUUAUAGCUGAAACGUGAAGAAAUAUGUAGUAGAUACUAGAUUUGGGUUGAUGAUAAUUACUUACUAUUAAAGUUAAUAAUGUCAAUAACAACUAUAUAUAUAUAUAUAUAUAUAUAUAUAUAUAUAUAUAUAUAUAUAUAUAUAUAUAUAUAUAUAUAUAUAUAUAUAUAUAUAUAUAUAUAUAUGUACAGUUUUAGGGAUUAAAGAGCGAGAGGUCAGGUUUGAGACAAAAUGUCAGUGUAAUUUAGCUCCCUGUAAAACUGUAAACAACCCCCCCCCCCCCACACUAUGUGGCUACCUGCUGCGUCUGUUUGGCCAUGGCCAGCCAGACCUGAAGUCGGGCCACUGGACCUCUAGCCUAGUCUAUUUUUAUAUUGUAUGUAUAAUAAAGACGACCUGGAACAAG